AUGGCCACGCCUGAGCGGUUCGUCCACAACCCCCUCCCCAACACCGCUGAUAGUAUUCGUCUCCUGAAAAUCAAUCCAGCACAAGAUGUGCGAGACGUUGUGCAAUGCGAGCUGGUUCAUGCGACAACCAGAGACUGCUACACUGCCCUUUCAUAUACGUGGGGUAUGGCAGCACAAGAGCAGGAAAUACAGGUGAAUGGCAAGUCCAUGCUGAUCAGAUGGAGUUUGUGGGGAUCUCUUAAACGUGUCAGCAUAUCUCCAGAUUAUGCUGCAAAGACAUACUGGGUAGAUGCGGUGUGUAUCAACCAGAAUGAUGACCAUGAGAAAAGCCGCCAGGUGGGGCGAAUGGGCAAUGUCUUUCGCCAUGCACAGGAGGUCUUGAUAUGGAUGAGUCCCACAAGGGUCGCUAGCCAGGCCGCCUCGCAGCAGCGGCUCUGCCGAUACGCCGCUUCCACGAAAUGGCUCAAUACUUAUCGUGGAAGAACAAAGAGUUGCCAUCAACAGCUUGUGGAUCACACACACCAUGCUCGCUGUACGUGUCUGUACGGCAUAUAUGAAUUCCUUCUUAACAAGCCGCGGACGAUGAUAUAUGGCUCUUUAACUAUAUCUUGGAGCAUCUUCACGGCAUGUCAUCAGGAGAUUGUGGCAGUCAAAGAUAAGAGGCAGAAAAAGCUACGCUACAAUUCAGCAUCUGACUGGUUGAAAGAUCUAGGAGAUGCAGUUUGUUGCGGCAGCGCUCGACAACGAGCUCUUAUCAAUCGUGUUCAUGGCAUUCAGUUGCAGUUUGUAUCACAAAAUGCCUUGCCUUCUUCAGGCCCGGCUAAUACGGAUUCAGCAUCCUUCAUAUCAAAGACUUGUGUAGCACUACUCGAGAAGUAUGCUCCACAGGGCUUGAUCAAGAUCAUCGACUGGCGUAUGGACAAACUGCGGCCUUACACCCAGAAUGUGCCUCGCAUUUUUCAGAGCGAUCUGGAAGCUCUGCUGCAUUCAAGUCGUGCGCCAAAGUCUUGUUUCUUCCUUGUACUACGUGAGUGUGCCAAGCAGAUCUGUUCUGAUAAGCGCGACAAGAUCUAUGGCUUGCUUGCACUGCUUGGAGGCCACUUCCCGGUCGACUACAGCAUUGACGUUUACGACCUCUAUUUCAGAGCAUUCCGCUUCUUCACAAAUUUGAAGGAGUUUUCGUUGGAACCAUGUGUCAUGGCAGCCCGAGGUGUCGCCUGCAGUCUACUCGAUAUACUGAGUAUAGACAUGUCAGAUCUGGCUCGGCAUGAUCCAAAAGGUCGAAGCGCUUUCAUCAUUCUCACACGGACUAAAAAGCGUAGUCCUAACUAUAUACCGCCUGCGAUCUACGAUACCUGCCCCACUUCACAAACAAGUCCCGAGAAUGUCAGCAACAAUUCCAUGCUGUACAAAGAUUGCGCGCGACUAAUAGUCAGGUAUAUGGAAGGCUUGUCCGUUUCAUGUCCUCGUUGUAAAGCAAGUGCUGUUUUCAACACAUUCACAUUAAUGGACGCAUUGAGGAAACAUGAAGAAGAUUAUUCACGGAUCACUUGCAUGGCUCAGCCAGAUUUCCCUAGUCUGUUGCAGUGUCACAAGCGCAAAGCUUCUGGACCACUCCACGACAAGCAGAUGCAAGCAGAGCAUGUUGAGGACACAUAUGUCGAACACAUCCUGGUGUAUCUGCAUCCUCAAUCUCGUCGACUCGAUGCCGUGCUGGACAGGAAAGAUGAACAGCUUCGCUGGCAUUUAUCUGAGCAGCUGAGCAGUGACGAACACACGGCAGUGAACGAAUAUGGAGAUAUACUCACCACGUCUCAUCUAUUUCACAUCAAUUCAGAUCAACAGGCACGAGCCAAUGCUACGAGAUACCAGCAGCUCAAUAAGCGUUUCAGGCAAUAG